GAUCACUGUAUUCUUUUAACUUGAAUACCAACUUAAUACAUGAUUUUUCUGGAAUAAUUGUGCAGCUUAUGCAGUAGACUUAUGUUUGUUAUUUUGUAUUUGCAGUAUUUACCGCUAAAAGAUUGAGGAAUAAAAGAGCAAUAAUUACAAAAGGACUAUCUUUAUUUCUUCAAUUGAAUGGUUAAUCUUUGCCGUUUCCCUUAUCAUUGGGUCCGGUACAGUAAAUAACUGGCAGCAAAUGAAGUGGUCAUCGACAUAAUCACAUUACAUGGAAGUUCGUAGAACUAGAAUAUUAACUGAAAAAGCUAUGGCGUUGUUUAAACAACAGGAUCAGAAGCUUAUUACAAAGUACAAUGAAACUGUAAAAGAACUUGAGAAUCACAUUGCAUCAAACUCAGGGCUUUCUGUUAACAGUUCAAUUUCUGCAUUGAACAAGUGUAAAGACUUGUGUAUAAAAUUACAUAAUGCAGUGCAGGCGGUAUAUGGAGAAUAUGCUAAAUAUUUAGAAAGUGUCAAAACAAAAGAGAGUGAGACACAAAGUACAUGGUUGGACAAUUCCUACAUUGAUUUAGAAGAAAAGGUAAGGCAAUAUCUUAGGACAAUCAAAAUGAUUAACUCGGAAAAGAUUGAAAUAAUGUCCCAAAGUGGUAAGAGUGAGAUAUCUGGUGUUGCUUCGAGUACAAUGAACUCAGCUACAGCAAAAGCAGUGGAGGCUAAAGCAGCACAAGUUCGUUUCAAAUUCGCGGAGCAGGAAACAAAUCUGAAAAAGAAGCAGGCAGAAAUUAAUGCAGAUCUUGAAUUAUUAAAAUACAAAAAAGAAGUUGAAGUACUUGUAACUGAAGCCGAAGAACUAGCGAAGAUAGAAAGUUCACAGAAAAGCUCUGUUUUAGGGGACAGUUUACCUGAACAAGAUCCGUUGUCUAAAGUAGGACAAUACAUUCUAAAUCAUGGAACACAGGAUAAUGAGAAAUAUUUGAAGUUAGCAGAUCAGGAGAAAAGUGUUACAGCUCAGUUUUUGUUGAGAAAAGACUUAAUUUUGUCAAGACUUACAAAGUUUAAUGACACAUGUGGUAACUAUCAAGCUUGGAAAGUUAGCUUUAAAUCCAUCAGUGACGAAAUGUUGUUGUCAAGUAGUGAAGAAAUAGAUCUGCUAAUAAAAUACUUGGGUCCCAGCUCAAGAAAACAUGCAGUAAGUCUACGUACAGCAUAUCUUCAUGAUGCCAAUCAAGCUUUAAUCCAAAUAUGGCAACGUCUUGAUGAAAGAUUUGGAACCCCGGAAAGUGUCCUUAGUUCAUUGACCAAUCGGCUUCAAGCUUUUCCCAUCUUGACUAACAAAGACAGAGUUAGGUUGUACGAGUUAGCAGACUUACUACAGGAGAUUGAAGGUCUGAUGUCUAAUCCACAGUACCAUAAAACACUAUCCUACUUCGAUUCAUCUAUAGGGGUGAACCCCAUUGUCAACAAAUUGCCAUACAGUUUGCAGCAGAAAUGGAUUGCUCAUGCAUCAACAUACAAAGAAAGUCACAGUGUUCCAUUUCCACCAUUCUCCUUCUUUACAAGCUUUGUGAAAAAGUUCAGUGUCAUAUUUAAUGGUCCAAAUUUUGCAUUUAAAAUUACAGCUUCAAAUCGUCAGAGAAGUCGGAAUUCUUCUCAUUAUGAUCAAAAGGUAUCGAGUAGUCGUGUGGCUGCGGCGAAAACUGAAAUUCAGAGUGAUAAGAAAUCAAGUGUGUUAAAUGAUAAGUGCUUGAUUCACAAAGGUGCACCACAUCGUUUAUCAGAAUGUAAAAGAUUUCAGUGUAAGUCGGAAGAAGAAAAGCGUAGUUUUCUUUCUGAAAAUAAAUUGUGCUAUAAGUGUUAUUCUCCUAGUCAUCAGGCUCGUAAUUGUAAAGAGUCUUGGAAACCAACAAAUUCGUAUGGUGGGGAGAAACAGAGUUCGACAUAUGGACUGAGAGACACUUGGAAAUCAACAAAUCAUAGGGAAGAGAAGGAUUCAUCAUUUGGCCAAAAUGACAGUCUGCUUACAGAGCAGAAACAGAAUGUAAACAUUAAAUGUACUGAAAUUUGUAAAAAUGAUCACGUUCAAGGGAAAUCUUGUGCAAAAAUCAUACUUGUUCGUAUUUAUGUGAAAAAUUCACCAGAUAUUAUGUUUAUUGCUAUGCCACUGUUGAUGAACGGAGUAACAGAUGUUUAGCAAAACCAAAAUUGUUCAAAUUGUUAAAUGUAUCUGGUAAACCUGUAGAAUAUACUAUGUCUUCAUGUAAUGGCAUUUCUAAGCAACAUGGCAGAGAGCUAAAUGACUUAGUUGUUUAAUGUAUUGACAAAAGUGUUCAUUUUGAUUUGCCUACUGUUAUAGAAUGUUCUGGUAUACCAAGUGAUAGGAAUGAGAUUCCUACACCAAGUGUUGCGGCCAAUCACCCACAUUUGUCUGAUGUAGCCCCUUUUAUCCCAGAAAUAGUUGAAGAUGCUGAAAUGUUACUUCUGCUUGGUCGAGAUAUCCCAGAUGUACACCAUGUGCUAGAUCAGCGCUUUGGGCCGAAAGGUUCCCCGUUUGCACAGCGUCUGCCCCUUGGAUGGGUUAUUAUAGGUGAGGUGUGUCUUGGUAUUGCACACAUUAUUCCUAAUGUCAGUGUAAAGAAAACC